AUGGCGACAGGAGUGGAUGCGAAGCUCCUCAAGAGCACCAAAUUCCCUCCAGAGUUCAGCCAGAAAGUUGACAUGACCAAGGUCAACCUGCAGGUCAUGAAGAAAUGGAUUGCGGGCAAGAUCUCGGAGAUCUUGGGCAGUGAAGACGACGUGGUUAUUGAGCUUUGCUUUAAUCUCAUUGAGGGGUCUCGAUACCCCGACAUCAAGUCUCUCCAGAUUCAGCUGACCGGCUUUCUCGACAAAGACACGGCGCCUUUCUGCAAAGAAUCGAGGCCGACAAGGCUGCUGAAGAAGCCCGCAAAAGACGUGAGGAGCUCGAAUCUCGCCGUGGCCGAGGAGGGGGUCGCGUCGACAGCUACCGUGGUGGGCGGGGCGACCGAGACACAUACCGUGGCGGUGGACGUGGUUUUGGGCGAGGACGCAGUUCUUCAAGAUCUCCGCCACCGUCCAGGCGAGGAGGUCGCGAUAAUUACCGCGGACCCACCCGAGGUCGCGACUCAUACGUGCCUGGCGAUCGACGCCCUACACGACGACGAUCGCCCUCGAAGGACUCCCCGCCGCCCCGUUCUCGCUCCCGCUCAUCAAGUGCACACGGCAGUCGAAGAUCGAGAAGACGUAACUCUUCGUCCCCUGAACAUGACAUACGCAAAAGAUCGAGGUCUCCACUGCCACGAGAGAACAAUUACCGCCCUCGCAGGCGGUCACCUUCCUCAGAUAGGAACUCGCCUGCGCCCAAGCGUCGGCGUUACUCCUCGUCUCGGAGUCGAUCACCUGCCAGGCGGAGGCGCGGCAGGUCACUGUCAUCGUCCGGCUCGGACAGACGGUCCUUGUCACCUUCACGAAGCCCACCACGCAGGAGACGUCACAGAGACAGCCGGAGCCGGAGUGGUUCUCCUGGUGGUGCUCGUCGAGUCCGCGGUCGGGGAAGACGCGAGCUAA